AUGGUUGAUGAUAUGAUCAAGCAUCAUGUUCAACUUGUAGCAUGUCAAAAAAUAAUUCAUCCAACACUUCAACAUUACAUAACUUCUCAUAACUUAUAUUUUGUUGAAAGAUUGACAAUAUUUCAUAUUGAAGCCAUGCAAAAACUUACUGGAGCCAAAUUGAUCAGUUCAUGCUUGGCUAAAAUUAGUGAGGAUAGUUAUGGAUCAUUGAAGGAAAUCAAAUUAUUGACAAUACAGAAGAAAAGAUAUCUCAAUAUGAUUUCUCAUCCAGAAACAAAACCAAAGAUUUCGACACUAUUGUUGUGUGGGCCAGAUGAACACAGUCUUGACGAAUUAAAACUAGUAUGUCCAGGAGUUUUAAGGUCUUUGAAGCAAUUACUGAUUAAACCUUAUAUUUUACCCGGGGGAGGAUGUUUUGAAACAAUCAUGACAGGUACCUUACUAGAGACUACAAAGAGUAACAGCAAUAUUUAUCAUGGCAUCUGUACUAAAGAGCAAUACUCAAUUGGUCUAAAUUCAGUGGCCUCAGCAUUUCUCCAGAUUGCACUUGCCUUGGACCAUGAUGGUUUUGAUCAUCUAGUUGAUACAAAAACAUUUCACCACUGGAUAUGCAGGGAUAAAAACUUGGGAAUUUUGAAACAAUGUCUAUGUGGCUCUGUGAAUAGGACAGAAACCACCGAGUUUUACAUGACAGAAGAGUUAUUGAGAGCAAUCCCUAUGGAUAUCAGUGUACACAAGACAUUAACUUUGGAUAGUAAUGAAUACAGACAGUCAGUAUUUGAUGUAAUGAGCAUUAAGAUAUUUGAUGAAGUAUCAUAA